AUGGAUACGUCAAUAUAUUCUCAUGCCUUGGAUAUCUGGGCCAAGGCAGAUUUAACGAAACUUCAGAAGGAAUUAGAUGCUGAUGUCAUCGAAAUUAAGGAAAAGGAGACCCUGUCUUUAAAUUCAAGAAAAUCUUUAGCUACUGAGACCAAGAAGUUUAAAAAACUCGAAUCUGAGCAAAAAUUGAAUAAUGUGAAUAAAAUUAUUAAGCAGUAUCAGCGUGAAAUUGAUAAUUUGACACAGAGAUCAAAAUUCUCUGAAAAGGUCCUAUUUAACGUUUACGAAAAACUUUCAGAGGCACCUGAUCCGCAACCAUUACUACAAAGUUCAUUGGAAAAACUGGAAAAAAUUGAUGAUUCAAAGGAACUUAAAGAAAAAAUAAGCUAUCUCGAAGACAAACUCGCAAAAUAUGCGGAUUAUGAAACUUUAAAAUCGAGGUUAUUAGAUCUGGAGCAAAGCUCUGCAAAGACGUUAGCGAAAAGAUUGACUGCGAAAACUCAAGAAAUCAAUUCUACUUGGGAGGAGAAGGGCAGGAAUUGGAAGCAGAGAGAGACAGACUUGUUGAAACAAUUAACAAGUGUCCAGGAGCAAAAUAAGGCACUAGAGGCCAAAAUAUCUAAAAAUAUUGAAAUCGAAGAUAACAGAACUGAAGAGGAUUAUCCACAAAACAAUCAAAAAGAAAUUUCUACAAGGAUUGCCGAAUAUAAUCUAGUCACUCAAGAAUUGGAAACUACGCAGGCUAGGGUUUAUCAACUAGAGAAGAGAAAUGAAGAAUUAAGUGGAGCUCUUGCAAAGGCAACUAGUGAAGCAGAGAGAGAAACAGAGUUACAUGCAAAGGAACUUAAACUCAACCAGCUAGAAAGCGAGAAUGCAUUGUUGAGUGCAUCUUAUGAGCAGGAACGGAAGUCAACAACUCAUUCGAUAAGCGAAUUAAAAGAGCAAUUAAAUGGAGCCAUAGCAGAAUCAGAAUCUUACAGAUCAGAGCUGGAAACUGUGAGAAGGAAACUAAGUAACUAUUCCGACUACAGUACGAUAAAGGAAGAGCUUUCUGCUUUGAAAAAAAUCGAGUUUGGAGUAAACGAAGAUGACUCUGAUAAUGAGACUGACUCUAAAUAUAAUGAUGAUAAAACUGUCGAAAGCUCUUUAUUAUCGGCCAAUAAAAAGCUUCAGGCUACUCUAGCAGAAUACCGUUCGAAGAGUACAGCUCAAGAAGAAACAUGUAUUCAACUAAAAAAAUCUGUAGAUCAACUCAAACAGCAAAUAGCUGUGCUUGAAGAAGCGAAUGAAAAAUUAGAAAUGGAUCUAGAAAAGGUGGAAAAUGUUGGUCCUCAUUUCAAUGACGCCGCAAGUAUGAUGUCUGGUGUAACAAGACAAGUCAACAAUCGUACAUCCCACAAAAUUUCUCCAACAACCUCUAUAAUUGGUAUUCCUGAGGAAGAGGAGCUUCCUGGUAACCAAUCAACCAUUUUGCCGAUAGUAACUAAACAAAGGGAUAGAUUCCGUUCGAGAAAUAUGGAUUUGGAAAAGCAGCUAAGGCAAGGAAACUCAGAAAAGGGCAAACUCAAACUAGAAAUUUCCAAGCUAAAAGGUGAUAAUACGAAGCUUUACGAACGAAUUAGGUAUUUGCAGGCCUAUAAUAAUAAUAAUACCUCCGCUCAUCCAAACCCAGAUGGCAUUGAUGUGGAAUCUCAAUACUCAAGAGUAUAUGAAGAAUCAUUACAUCCGAUUGCAAAUUUCAGACAGAAUGAACUAAACCACUACAAGAACAAAAAACUAUCAGUUCUAGAAAAAUUGUUCUUGAGUUUUGCAAAAGUCAUUUUACAGAAUAAAAUGACAAGGAUGAUAUUCUUAUUUUACUGUAUCGGUUUACACGGACUUGUGUUCAUGAUGAGCAUGUAUGUGAUUAAUAUCAGCGGUUACAUGACGCCUGAGGUUGGCAUAGUACAAUCUGCAAAGUCUUCGGUAAAUUCAAACGGAAAAUUGAGUGGUGCCGGUUCUGUUCAUGGUAUAAAUUGA